UCGUCCCUUUGUGUGGAGCUCUAUUCCAACUUCCAAGUCACUGGCUUGUUUUCUCUCUCUACGAUCCAGUUUCUCUCUCUAAAAUCUUUGAGUGCCUUCUUCUUUCUUUCUGGGUUUGUCUUCAAGAAAGUUAAACAAAAAUCCGAACUUGUGUCUUUUCUUGAUUCUUGUUUGCUCUUUUUUCUAUCAUCUUUGGUUGUUUUGAAAAUAUUGUUUGAAAAAGAAAAGAUGACAGUAGAGGAAAUUAGAGGGGUUGUGGCGGGUAAUAAUGAAAUCAAUAGGUUUCCCAUUGGGAUGAGAGUUCUGGCUGUUGAUGAUGAUCCAACUUGUUUGAAAUUAUUGGAUGGGCUUCUAAGAAAAUGCCAGUAUCAAGUUACAACCACAAAUCAAGCAAUAACAGCACUGAAGAUGUUGAAGGAAAAUAGAAACAGGUUUGAUUUGGUCAUCAGUGAUGUAUAUAUGCCAGAUAUGGAUGGUUUCAAGCUUCUUGAACUAGUUGGCCUCGAAAUGGACUUACCUGUCAUCAUGCUAUCAGGAAACAGUGAUCCGAAGCUUGUAAUGAAGGGGAUCACUCAUGGUGCUUGUGAUUAUCUUGUGAAGCCAGUUCGCCUUGAGGAACUUCGCAAUAUAUGGCAGCAUGUGAUCAGGCGAAAGGUGGAGUCAAAACCGCAGUCAAAGUCAAACAACAACCAUGAAAAGUCAAAUCAAGGGAACGAAGGUGGAGAUCAGAAUGUGAAGCUGAAUAGAAAAAGAAAAGAUGAAGACGAAGAUGUUGAAGAAAAUGGACAUGAAAGUGAUGAUGAUCCAUCAUCACAGAAGAAGCCUCGUGUAGUUUGGUCCAUUGAUCUUCAUAGAAAAUUUGUUGCUGCUGUUAAUCAACUGGGCGAUGAGAAAGCUGUGCCUAGAAGGAUUCUUGAUUUGAUGAAUGUUGAUGGGCUUACAAGGGAAAAUGUAGCAAGCCAUCUCCAGAAAUAUAGGCUUUACAUAAAGAGGAUCAGCCAUCAAGCUAACAUGGUGGCGGCAUUUGGGGGGAGUAAAGAUGCGUCUUCUUAUAUGCGAAUGAGCCCUCUUGAGGGACUAGGAGAUUUUCGGAUAUUAUCAAGUUCAGGAAGACUGUCGAAUGCUGCAUAUGCGCCAUCUGGCAUUCUCGGUAGACUAAACAGUGCGACUGGUGUGACCCUUCAUAGCCUUAUGGCUCCACCAUUGGUCCAGCCAAACCAUACACAAAACAAGUUACAACCAGUUAAUCAUCAAAACAUGAAUCUUUUUCAGGAGAUUCCAUCAUCUUUUGAUCAAUGUAGUAAUAAACCGAAUACCCAACUCACAGAUUUUAGUUCCAUUGAAGAAUCUCGAAUCUUUACAGGUAACAAGUUGGUUGAUUUCAACUCCAUUGAUGAAUCUCGGAUGUUUACAGGUUCUAAUCCCUUGAUGGAUCCUAGUGUCGGGCUGGGGAGUAAGUCUUUGAAGCUGUCUUCCACAGGCUCAGAAUCUUUUAAUCUCCUUUCAAGUAGUUCUAACUUUCUUGACCAGAAUGGUAAUCAACCACCAAACUUUUCUUCAAAUCAACUGCCAGUUGGCGGAAACUAUGGUUAUUCUGCCACCGUUAAAGGCGGGAUUUGUUCUAACAUCACCACUACAGACACUAUACCUCUUGAAGCUCAUGGUGGUGGUUUGGUUGAUGAGAUUGUACAGAAUGUUAACAACCAGUCUUUAUCAAACCAGAAAAACGGACAGUAUAGUAAACAAGAUUAUAGCCAAUACUCGCAGAAUGCUUUUAGCACCCUAGCUUCUUUGGCUCUAGCAAGUGGUGGUGGUGGUGGUUUGAGUGGUCCGCUGAGCCAUGGUGGAUUAAAUGGCGGUACUUCGGCUCUUUUCAAGACUGAGAUGCCUAGUUUGGAGAUGAAAAUGCGUUCCAGUGAAGAUGGUCUUGUUGUAAACAAUGGUUAUGGUUCAUUGGACGGCCUUAUGACUGGAAUGAUGAAAAGGGUACGAUCUUUUCCUCUUUGUAUUUAUGUUUGUGUUAAGAAUCUCGAGUCCCACUCUAUAUUUAGUAGCAAUCAACAUGCUACUUUGAUUUUGUAUCAAGAUUGGACAUUCACUAGUGAAUCAAUCUUUUCCCAUCGCAAAUGGGGUUGCUUUAAAAAUCAAGCAUUCAAUCGGAAGAACCGAUGCCAACAAUAACUCACUGAUUGAGUGGUUCAACUUGUUACCGAGUCAACUCAGUCGCGAUGGAAGCGGUUCAAACCGAGUCGAACUUGGUCUUAGUUAAGCUUGCUUGCAUCUUUUUGUGCACCUCUUCAUUUUUAAUGGAUUUUUAGCAUUUUAUUUUGGUGGGGUUUUGCAAUGCAAAUGCAGGAGCAGGAAGCGAGGAUGAUAGUGGAUGGAGAAUUCGGUUACGAUUCUUAUGCUUUCGGGCCAUGUGCAUGAUAAAAGAGCCUG